GGUGGAAAUGCUUGUCAAUUGUAUCGUGUAGCUAUUAUCAUGGACUCUAAUAUAACCUAUGAUUGUGGACUAUAGCCUAUAAUCAGUCUUCAUAAUGAGGCUGUCACUUAUUUUGUCCUCACAGGUUUUUCCAGUGCGCGCAGUUCGUGUAGUUUACUCAUCUCCCGCUGUGUUACUCUCCUCCUGUCCAGUGAGUGUGAGCCUGCAGCCAGUGAUGAUCCCAGCAUCCCUGCCGCCGACACCACCACCACACCACCGCGUUAUUCUUCUUUUAAUGCACAUUUAAAUACCGGAAUAUCGAGUUUUCAUUAGAAUCGUCUGAGAUACUGUUUAUGCGAAUGGACUAACGGCGAACGUGCGAAAACAAGCGCGCGCUGGCUGGAAUCGCGCGGUCCACACGGGACGCCGUCUGAACAUCAACACAACGCUGGCCACAUUCGCACCCUCCGCCGUCUCCAUGGAAACCGAGUAUCAUCAGGCAUCCUUGGGCUCUCUGGUUUGUACCCAAGAUGGAGAGCCCACGAGCUGCCAGACCCCGGGCCCCGUGACAUACCAGCCAGGGACCACCGGGGUCGGAUCAGACUCCUUCCCAUGUCUGCGCCCCCUCGCUUUCCCCCAGCAGUCCAAUGAGGAGCCGCGGCGCUCGGGAGAGGUCACCGUUACGGUCAAGGAGAAAGCCGAGAGUGCCGAUAGGAUUUGUUCAUCCCCAAAUGAUGCUGCUGCCUCCAAACCCAUUCUCUCGUCUCCUCCUCGCCGGCAUCAUUCUCUCCCUCAUUCACACCAUCCACAUGUGGGCCGCACCCGGAUGGGCAGCCGCUCCAGCUCCAUCGCCUACACAGCGUUCUCCCCGCGCCCCUCGAUUUCACGCCACUCCAGCAUCGCCACCAACCCCCCGAUGGACCGCUCCAAACCCAAAGACUACCUCAUCCUCGCCGUCAUCGCCUGCUUCUGCCCUGUCUGGCCAAUCAACAUUGUGGGAUUUGUUUACUCCAUCAUGUCUCGGAACAGUCUGGAGCAGGGGAACAUAGACGGAGCGAGACGACUGGGUCGCGUGGCCAAGCUGCUCUCUGUGGUCUCUCUGGUGGGAGGAGCCAUCAUCAUCGUAGCAUGCGCCGUGAAUCUGUCAAUUAAUGUGAAAUCCUGAGAGGGUUGAGCGUGCCACAGAAUCCAGCUUCACAUCAGACCACUGACCCAAACACCACGGCCCAUUUGUUUUGCCCCACUGCUGCUGUGACGGCAAUCGCAUCAUAGAGAGCAAUCAAUAAUCAUAUGACAUUGCUCUCUGAGAGAACCCUUGGGAAUCUGCACCAACAUGCCAUCCUUCAAACAGAUGGAGCAAGAUACUUCACUGAAGUCUCUCACAUCAAUGAGAAAAGAGUUAAAGAGUUUUACUCUUGCGUUUGUUUCCUGGAAACUCACUCCGGCGGCUGUUGGAGUCUCUCACACCUAAACUCUAGCUCCGGCUGCACACAUACACUCUCGUUGAGGAGAAUUGCUGCUAAAGCAAAAGUUUUUUUCCUUCUCCAGAAGCAGAAAACAAGCCAAACCAAUAUACAGACGGGGGUUUGUUAGAUUAUUCCUACCGGUGAGAAUCACACGCCAACUGCUCACGUGAGAUGAAGUGGAUCUCCUCAGUCGAGAGAAAGCUCACGAGUCAUGAUCAUGUCCUAGUUUUAGAGACGCACUUGAUUUACCAUGUUGACAACAUUUGUUCAGUUUUAAAACUUCAGAGAACCAUUUAUGAGAAGAUCACCUGUGAGUAAAGAGGAGAGAUAUCUUAGUAACCACAGUUAUCUUUUUUAUUUCAUGUCCUUUUUUUUUUUUUUUUUUUUCAUACUCUACAUUUUAAAAAAAGGGAAAAAAUAGAUUUAUUUUCUGCCAUCAGACAUUUGGGAUUUUAUAUUAUGAUACUGUUUGUAAUUAUUCUUUAUUGUUCAUUUAAUUUUUUCAAAUGACAAUCAAAUCUUUCUUUUUUCUUUUCAUUUGUCUUUUUCUCCAGAAAAUUUGACUGUUCUUGAACGUGACACAUGUAUAAUCGUGCUUGCACAAAAUGUAGCUAACAACCCUAAAACUGUGUUUUGGACAACCAAAUUAUUGCAACCGAAAAUUAUCCACACCCUUUUUGAUGAAGCAGUAUGCAAGCACUCACAGGCAAAAUGGAUUUUCAUCACAUAGUUAAAGUGUUUCUGGAAAUUAUAAUCUUUAUAAAAACACACUGUGUCUGCUGCAGUCCUUUGUAUUGAUCUGUGUUGUUGGAUUAUUUAUAUACACUGUGUAAUUUGAAAUAUCUGUAGCUAAAUGUAGCCGAAUCACAACCGAAUCUUGCAAUAUUGUAUUAAUUAGACGUUGUGUUAAUGAACCCGUACUGUAGAUCCAAAUGGGACAUUUGGCUGGUAAUACUGAUGAGUCUACGAGCUCGUGGGGAUCUGAAGGCGAUUUUGUAUUGUAUAUAAAGAGGAAUGUAAGAUUUUAACUUGUGGGACAAUGGGUUUGUAACGAGGGGCAGUGAUGUCAUCAUUCUCUGGUUGUGAAUGGAUGUAGCUUUUGUGCAUUUCACUUCUGUUUAGAUUCAAAUGGUACUGUGUAUGCUAUAUUAGAAAACUUGUGAUACGUGAUGAUUAUAUUUAUGGUAGGUCCAGUUGGUUAAAUCCAUGCAUUUCUUUAUAACUUUUUUUAAAAACGGUUUAUAUUACAUCCCUUUAUUUUUCCUAUUACCCUUUUGGCACAUGAGAAUACAUAAACAUUCUUGUUUCAAUCCACCCUGACAGAAUGAUAAAGAGCUGAAACGUAUGAGAUAUUUAGUUAUUACAAGCAUUGUGUACUUAUUUUUGCAUGCACCCUUCUUUCUCAAAUAUUUUGCUAGUCUUGUAAGAAGCACUCUUUCCCUCUAUGUAUCCUCUGCAGGGAAACCGAAUAAAGCAUUAAAAGGAUGUGAAACAGCUGUGAAUCC